CGAUACACUUGUUCUUGGACGAUUCCUUCCAUUAUUUUUUUAACCGGAAAACUGCAGUUUUCUCUCUGAUCGUAAGAUUCGAGGAAUUUCGAUUAUAGCGCCGUACAGCUAGUAACAACAAAACUGAGCCAGCUAUGUGCAUGUGUUAGAUUCCCCUAGGGGACAAAAUUCAAAACGAGUGUUAAUAAAUGUACGUCUUAUCUUUUCAAUGCUCGAUCAGACGUUUACAGAAUUGUGAUCGAUACUGUUUGACACAUCAAAAUAAAAACAAUUUUAAUAGAUCUUUUUGGACGGAAUAACCUAAGUGUAAAGCUGGAUUCACACUGGUAUGAUGCAAACAUUGCGAACUCAGCCAGACAAAGCCAGAUAGAUAGAGAGAGAGGGACGCAGUAUCGAGAUACGCAUUGUUUCAUGGGACGAAUUGGUCGGUGAAAAUGAAUAAUUGUUUAGUGUACGAAUAAAUUACAAUCAUUUCACGCAUCGUAUUUGCCAUGGAGUUAGGAUUGUCCAACACACUGUUGGCAGGUGAUCCACGAUUAGUGGAUCACAUCGUGGGAGAAGUUAAAUCUCAAGGGAUCUUUGAUCAAUUCCGUAAAGAAUGUAUCGCGGAUGUUGAUACAAAGCCAGCAUAUCAAAACUUGCAUACGAGAGUUGAAGGGUCGGUAAAUUCUUUUCUCAGUAAACAAUCGUGGAAACCAGAUUUAAAUAAGAAUCAAUUAAGGGAGACGUUGAGGAAACAGAUAAACGAAGCUCCUUACUUAGACGCCGGUGUAGAGCGCAUAGUGGAUCAAGUGGUGAAUCCAAAAAUAUAUUCUGUCUUCAUGCCUCAGAUAGAAGACGUGGUAUAUAAAUUUCUAGGAAUCGAAAGACCUAAGGCGAGAGAGAGGAACGGUGCGUGUGGCCUUAAAGAUUUGUUACCCAAAGAUUUAGAUCCAGUGUCGCCGGAAUCUGACAAAAAUAGUUUGAAAGAUGUAUCCCUGGAAUCCAUGGAUGGCAUCGAGGAUUUAGAAAUGAAAAAAGAGGCGAAAUUAACCGACGAACAAAAGUCGCAGAGGGAAGAGACCUCGAAUGAGAAAAGCGGAGACAAUGCGUCUGAGAACGAGCAAGUUCUCUCCGAGGAGAAGACGUUGGAUGGAAGUGAUAAAACUUUUAAUAAGACUGGUAGUAAUUUAAAUUUGAAUACGUUCGGAAAGUCUGAUGAUAAAACAGAGGAGGAUGAAGAGGACAGUCCCACAUUCGAACCGAUCGAUAUUAUGAAUUUGAACGAAUCGAACAAUUCUAACGAUUCACAUUUAUCGGGUAUAUCGGAAUUGACUAGUCACAGAUCCGGGAGUCCUGAUUUUUGCAACGAACUGUCGAGAGACAAUUUCGAGUACAGUAAUCAGGACUCGCACCUGAGCAAAGUUUCCUCCGAUUCUCGAUUGUCCAUUGUGACCGAUUUGGGAUCUUCGAAUCCUGCGUCGACACCGUUUUGCGACAUGCCGAAGGACGAGGCCAGCAAAGAUAAAUGUGAUGUUAAAAGUAGUAGUAAAGACAAUUUUAAACCCGUCAAAGAAUGCGACUCGAGCAAGAAUAAGAGUAAUAAAAAUAUUUUUGAAUUAAACAAAGGUAAAGAUGUACAGGAUGGUAAAGAUUCGAAGAGUAUUAAAAGCAAUUUAUCCUCUAAGGAGAACUCGCGUGAUGCCACGGACAGUAGCGUAAAAGAGAAAUACGAGAACAAGAGCAAGGAAAGGAGCAGAGACAGCGAGUCGAAGUUGAAGUCGAAAGAUAAAAAUUGCGCGAAAGAUGGAAAGCAUCACAGGGACAGGAGUAGCGAUAAAAAGAAGGAGAGGAGUCACAGCAGUUCGAAGUACGAGAAAUACGACAAGAGUAAGAGCAAAGAUAAGAACGAUCAACCCAAGGAAAUCGCAGAUGGAGUCAAAGAUGCGGAGAAGGAUACUUGCGUGAAAACAAAAGAAACCGAUGGGAAGGAUAACGUCAGUAAAGAGAGCAAAGAUUUGAAAGAUCUUUACAAGGAGAAAAUUAGGGAGCUCAGGGAGAAGAAAGAAUUAACGGAAAAGGAGAAAUUGAACAAAGACGUGAAGGAGUCGAACCAAAACAAGGAGAAUAAAGAUAAAAAGGAUUCGCUGAAAGAUAAGAAGCCGUAUAAGAAAGACAGCAAAACAUCUUCCAGGAGUACUUCCUCGAGUUCUCACGAACUCAAGACUUCUAAAUCGUCCGAGAAAAUUGUCGAUGAAAAAAAGAAACGAAGCGAAUCGAAGGACAAAGAUAAGAAUAAACGGGACGAGAGACGUAGUUCUAAAGAUCAUUCGAAGUUGAAGAAUUCUAUCGGUAAUAAGUCGGAUUCGACGGAAAGAUUGGAUAAACAGGAUGUAAAGAAGUCGAUGAAAAAUGAGAAGGAAGAGAAAAACGAAAAAGCUGAGACGAAGAAGUCGAGCAGCGAGAAGGUGAACGGUUCUAAAAGAGAAGCGAAGAAUCACGCCGAGAGUAAAGGUUCGGCGCGGAACGAGAAACUGGAUAGAAAAGAUAGUAAAAAUGAUUUGCAUCCUAAGGAUAAGAAACGAAGAGAGGAGAAAAAGUCGAAAUCUAAGGAUGAUCAUUCUAGUUUGAGGAGAAACUCGAACGAUCGACGUUCCACGGACAGAGACGGUUCGAACGGAUCGAGCAGCAAGAGUUCGCAGUCCAACAAUUCGGGUUCCAAUAUCGCGAGCAAAUCGAGCACGUCGGGUCUGACCAAAGAAACAAAUCACGUAAACAAUUCUGGUAGCGAGACCUCGGAUAAUAUCGAAGAAGUGCGUACGAGCGACAUGAAAUCAUCGAACAUGGAAGAACAGAGCUGUAAGUCGAAUAAGGGAGCAGCGGAGUACAAGGCAGACGACGCUGAUGAUCACGAGACACAGAUUGGGCCAGAAUCAGAAAUGUUGCCUCUGAAAAAGCGAGCAUUGUCAGCAGGUGACGACGGUGCGUUAGGAGACAUUAAAUUGAAGAAACCGAAAUUUGCCAAGAACUUCCACGAAGCAAAGAAAUUAAUGAAGAUCAGAAAGCAAAUAGAAAAACAAAAACUCAAGGAGACGAAAAAAUUGGAGAAAAGAUUCGCACAAAGGACGGAAGAUCCGGUACAAGCAAACACGUUGGACAAUGAAACGUUUGAAAGUAUGCCGGAUGAAGAACGCGUUCAAAUAAUAGAAGUGCCGGAUGAGGAAUACGAAGAACCGUAUCCUGAGAAGCAGAGCGACUUGACGCUGGAAGAGAGAUCAAUAAUGAUGUUACAAACAGAAGCUGGCACAAAAGAUAUGUUGGAGACGCGUUCCGAUCUGAAAUUGAAAUUGCCUGGCAAGGAACUGUGCGUAUCGUUAAAUGACAAAACGUUAGAAGAAGAAUCUACGCAACAAUCAAGUUCCGAUACUCAAACAAAUCUGUCUGACAAUAAAGGAGCUGAAGAAUCGCAAAAUAAACGGUCAUUGUCUCCUGUGACAGAAGAAAGAGACAACAAUGCGGUAGUAAAGACAGAAAAAAUUGAUGAAACGGAAGAAUGUGUAGAAUCUCUUGAUCGUGAUAUUAUUAAAGAAGAAGAAAACAUAAAAAGCGAAGAAGAGUCAGAGUCGAGCAGCGCACACGUGGACGAUGCAAGUUGUUCUAAAGACGUCGUUAAAUAUUCUGGAUACGAUGAUGAUCCGAGCAACGACACGAGUAAGGGAGGUUGCAUCAGAAACGUUAAGGAAGAACCACGGACGAUAGAAUCUACGUCGACGGGAACCGACGACAACGGAGAUUGUCGUUAUUUCAAGGCCGACAGUGAGAAAUGGGAAAAAUUCUCCAGUUUCUUAGAGUCGUUAGAGUUAAUGGAAAACAGUUCCUUAGAGGAGAUGAUAGAGAGUUUAGGGGGACAAAUUGUGUCUUCGAUGCCGAAAGCCAUGGCACCACCUUUACCGAAACGCAAGCUUUCUUCCAGUCCAUUGACGGAUAUACUGUUGAAUAAUUCGAAUAACAAUAACGAUGGGCAUAAAAAGGUGCUGGACUCGACGAGCGAAGAAACGUUGACCAACAUGAAGAAGAGGAAAUUGAUUCCGCCUAAGAAGCAGAGGCUUCAACCGAACAUAUGUACUCCGCAGGUGCUCUUGAACGGCGAGAAUUUUGUCAUGCCUUUGAGCCCCGAAAGCGACGUAUCCGCGACCAGCGAGAAAAUACCGUCUUCGAACACCAUCAAGGAAGAUAAAAGCCGGCACCGGAGUAGUCAACGUUACUCGAGCGACGACUUGUACAAACCACGUCCAUUGUUUUCAAGUUCUUCUCGCAGAAGUAGGAGAUCCAAUCAGGUAUAGCUAGUAGUUCGUAGUUUCAGGUGUUAAGUUAUAUUUUACUUUAUCUAAUGCAAGAUCAGAUGUCCUAGUUGUUGAUUCUAUUAUAUAUAUAUAUACGUAUGUAUAUACAUAUUUGAAUCAAUUUUAAUUAAUAAAAAAGUAAUGUUGAUGUGAGACCGGAAAGAAGAAUUUCUAAACUAUCAGACGUACAGUAUCUGUAAAAUUUAUUCAAAAAAUUUAUUAUUAUUAUGCAACUUUUGAGAUUGUAUAAACGUGUUCAAAGGUUUUCUGUCGGUUGACGUUCUUCGAAUGAAAGCGUUAAAAGGCCAAUUGAUUAAACGAUUAUAAUUUGCAUAAUAAUUAUAUAGUAAUAAUGAGUAUAACGCAGUAUUAGUGAGAUACACAUUUACGUACGAAUGCACAUUGGACAACGCUAUGUAGACGUUCAGUUUCGAUAAAAUUCAUCGAGAUUUUAUUAUUUCCAAAAAGGACGUGUACAAACUUCUGUGAAUAAUGUAUUCUUAAGUUUUGUUUCAGACGUAAUAUGUAUACUUACGUGGUUCUUGUUUAUAAGAACGAAAAUAUUCAUAAUAUAAAUUUCUUAUUUUUUCACGAUGCUUGUAUCGAAAUUUUUGUACGAAGCUCAACUUAUAAACGAAUACACAAGUCUGGAGUUGGUAGUUUGCAAUUUUUACCGAUACCCAAUGGGUACAUUUAAAUGACAGAGUAUAUUUGUCAAACGCAAAUCGAAGAAAAUGUAGUCAACCAAGUGAUGUUUUCCACACCCCUACGAAAGUAUAAAGUUCUUUUAAAUCCACUCUUCAACAACGUAAUCGUGUCGUUGAUGAAUGCAUAUAUGAAAUAGUUUCGAUGAUCUGGCUUUUUAAAAAAAGAGACUACGGAAUGACUAGCAGCGAGAGAAUUUUUAAGAAUCGUUCACUUUCGUCAUGUACUAAUAAAUUAUGCGUAGGAUCGUUCUCCUUUAGAUACUUAAAGAACCGUCGGUAGUAAUAAAGUAGAGGUAGAGAAGCGUUACGUGUAAGUAAUGCGUGUUCUUUAUUCUGUACACGCGUAAGGUUGUACAAAUAUGUACAUACACAUUCAUACGUACAUAAAGCGGUACAUUACACAUUAUUAUGAAAAUACUGUAGAAUAUUUUUUCCAACUUUUUAAAAUAUUUAUUGCCAUAUGUAAUAUAGCGAUUAACAAUUUAUAAAUUAUAAUUAUAUACUAUGGUUGCUUUGAAUAAAGCGAAUUUUUGUAUACAUGUUAAAUCGUU